AUGACGUGCGGGCACGUGACGCGAUUUGCCUCCAAGCUGAGAGCCCUGAAUAGCGUCAUCGUCGCCGUGACAACCAGCCAGCAUCAUCAUCAUCAUCAUCAUCAUCGACAUAAAUCGUUUCCAUCGCUGGGCACGCACCAUCCGCAACGACUCCUUCUCGACCUCCGACACAUCUCGUCGAACCCGCAUGUCAUUUCUGGACGCUACGGUCGACGGCGAAGCAAGGUCGGCGUCAUGGCCCUCGUCGAGGACUGGCUGCCUCCGACGCGGGAACACUACGAAAUCAUCCUGAGAGUCUGGCAGUUGGCCUACCCCGUUGCAUCCGUGGCUGACGAGCCGAACCAGCUCGGCUCCCUCCAAUGGCUGAUAUCGUGGUACGGCAUGGGCAAGACGAGCGUCGCGAGCCGCCUCAACCUGCCCGGCCGCGUCGCCUGGAUGACCAUGGAGGCGCCCGGGGCCUUGACGCUGCUGUACCUGAUGAACACGAUGCCGCAGCAGCACGGCGUCGACGACCUGCCGUGGCAGAACCGCGUGCUCGGGGGUCUGUUUGUCAUCCACUACUCGUACCGGGCCAUCAUCUUCCCCAUUCUGCAGCCGUCCAUGGCGCCCAUUCACCUCUUCGUCUGGGGCCUCGCCCUGUCCUUUCAGCUCUUCAACGCCACCUGUCUCGGCUCGUGGCUGUCGGCCUACGGCCCCGUCACCGACGACGCGUGGGCUUCGCAGUCGCCGCUGCUGCAGUUUGCCGUCGGUCUCGUCGUCUUCUACGUCGGCCUCGCGAGCAACUUUUUCCACGACGAGGAGCUGCGCGACAUUCGCCGCAACGAGAACCGCCGUGAGGAGCGAACCCGCGGCGGCAGCCAACGCGCGUCACCCUCGGCCCGGCCGACGAAGCAUUACGGGAUCCCUCAAGCCGGCCUCUUCCGGUACAUGCUCUUCCCCCACUACUUUUGCGAGUGGAUCGAGUGGCUCGGCUUCCUCAUGGCCGCCGGCUGGACCUGCGCCCCGGCCUGGGCAUUUCUGGUCAACGAGGUCUGCGCCAUGCUGCCAAGAGCCGUGAACGGCAAGCGUUGGUACGUGCAAAAGUUUGGCCAGGACAAGGUUGGGAAGAAGUGGGCGGUGAUCCCGGGGCUGCUGUAG